CCGACAAUGGAACGAAGCCCACAGGCCCGCGAGAACCCUAGCAAAGAAGCCCCUCCUCCUCUCUCUAUCCGGCCGCACCCUCGCCACCGCGCCUCCCCUCCCCAAAACUUGGCCCCGCCUCCUGCCGCCACCCUCCGUCCUCGCCGCGCCUCCGCCGUUCCGCCCCGGGUUUUCAGGUCGCCGGCCUUCGCCCCGUCAGCCAGCCGCCGCGUCCAUGGCGGAGGUCGCGCCCGUUGAUGGGAAGAAGGAGGAGGAGGAGUUCAGCACGGGGCCCCUCUCCAUUCUCAUGCUCAGCGUCAAGAACAACACUCAGGUGCUUAUCAACUGCAGGAACAACAAGAAGUUGCUUGGUCGCGUGAGGGCAUUUGAUCGUCAUUGCAACAUGGUUCUUGAGAACGUCAGGGAGAUGUGGACUGAGGUUCCAAAGACUGGUAAAGGCAAGAAGAAGGCUCUCCCGGUGAACAAGGACAGGUUCAUAAGCAAGAUGUUCCUCCGCGGGGAUUCGGUCAUCAUCGUCCUCAGGAACCCGAAAUGAGUUUGACGACUCGGCGUGAACCAGAAGAGUCUCUUUUCGCUAUGCUGCUGUUAGUUUGUAUGCCGAAUGCUCUGGAUCAGGGAGUGUGUAAGACACAGUUAUCAUGCAAGCAUUGCCUGUACUGAUUAAUGGUUUGGUGCUGUGGUCUGGAUGUUAUGAAUUCACGUCUUUUGUAGUAUCUAAUCUAACAACGUGCACUGGUAGCCUCUGUUCGGAUCAUCAAUAUGUCUGCUGGAGAGAGUUUUCAGUUUCAGAA